UUAGUCUAUUUAUUAUGGAAGUUCCCCAUGCUUGUUCUGAAACAGUAUCUAUUUAUUAGCACGCUCUAGAACAGUACAAACCAAACGGCCCCACGAUGACCGGAGCCCUGAAACCUCCGUUUGCCAAAUCGGAACUGAAAACAGAAAACGAGCCAAGGGAAAAGAGGGGCGCAUUCGUUGCCUUGCUGGGAGCCUCUAGCUUCGGCUCCGCUCUCGGUCGGGGCUGGUAGUCUAGUUGAAACGUGCGGCAAAAGAGGAAGCCCGGCGCCUGUUUCGCCGCGCGUUCUGGCACGGCCACAACAUGCCAAGGGCCGACGGCAGACUAUUAGCCGCCCGCCGCUGUGCAGAUCGAACCAUACGCAACACCAACACCAACACCAACUACAACGAGCAGCGGGUCAUCUGGACGGGAUGCGUCGCGCACACGGUGUUGGUUUGGGAGGUGCCUCGUGCCUGCUCCUCAGAGAAUUCACUGGUUCCGAACCCCCGAACUCUACUGCCUACCCGCCUCUUGCCUUGCAGAGCCAAACCGCGACGCGACCGGGCACGCAAAUAUCUAACCGGCUGGGGCCCGCGCUCCCGACGUGCCUAGCGCACCGUGUGACACGCCACCGGUGGUUCCACACGCCAAGUUAGCGGAGGCCGGAGAGAACUAGUGCACGCUCCCGCCGCUAGAAUCCAGCGCCCAGGUCCGAACCGACCGCCCAGGAACCUCUCUCUCUGCUCCCUCUUUCUGUCUCUGGUCACCAACAACACCCCGCCAGUUUCCAUGGAACAGCCUAUAUAGCUUCCAAGCUCUCGGACCAGCCUAAACUACCGUCGAUCUCAACAAGUCGUCUCAAUUGCCGCCAAACACGAAGAAGCCUCUGCUGUUUUUCAAGCGAAGCUCUUGGGACUCAAACAUGGCGGUUUCCUCCAUCAGCUGCUCGCUCAAGCCUCUAGCUCCCGUCAAAGAAGCCAGCGCUCGCCUGCAACCGUCGCCACCAGCAGCCACGGCUACCCCGUGGGCGGGCGGGCUGCGCCGAGCGUGCGCGGCGGCCGCGGCGUGCGUCGUGAUCGCGACGGCUGCGCCCGGCGGCGACGCGGCCCUCGCGCGGGGCGGGGCGGCCGUCCCCAGGACCGCCGGCGACGAUGCCGUGGCCGUGGACGCGCGGGCGCCGCCGCGGUGGAGCGACCGCAGGGAGUGCCCGGCGUGGCGCGCCAACUCGCUGGAGAACAUCGUGCCGGAGAACCUGCCGCGCCCGUCGGCCCGCCGGAGGUUCAACAACAUCAGCGCGCCGGACAGGGCCCUCGCUCCCGAAGCGGUGGCGCCCUUCCUGGCGCCGCACUCUAGCCUGGGCUGCUUCUCCCUCUAGGCAAAAGUAGCUGACCCGACCACACACUGGAACUCCACCCCGCAGCUGCAUUUCUAGAAUUCUAGGUGUAUAUGUAAUUGAAAAAAUGGAUGAUUAACUUAGCGAAAGGGAUGGGUUAAAAAAGGGGUUUGAUUCAAGAAAAUUGUAUUGGUUCCUAUAGAUUUUAGAAGAAAUAAUUCUUGUGUUAUGUUUCCUUGUUUUUUUUUUCUCUCCCCGAAGGCCCCUAUUCAGGCCCGGUGCAAAAUGCAAAAUAAGAUCCUAAAAUCCUCCA